UUUUGAUAAAUUAGUUGUCCGGGAAAACAUAUUCUAUUUAAAAAUUAAAAAAUACUAGAAAAACGUAUGCAAAAUGCCACAAGACAAUGACGAUAAAACGGAUACACAGCUAGUUUCUAGCGACAAAUAUGCAGAGUUAGUCGAGCGUUCACCGCUUUCAGAUAAAUGUGGGUUAAGCUCCGACGAUGAUUCGAUGACAGAACUUGCAGUGAAGAAACUCGAAGAUGAACAGGAUACUCGAGCGUCGGAGAGCAGCGAUAAUCCGGAAGAAAAAGAGGAUACAUCUUCCGAGAGCAAUAAGCAGAAAUACGAUAGUUUCUCUACUGAAAUACCUAAAUCCAGAAAAGAGAAGUAUUUAAUGACCGCAGUGUUCGGUAGAAAGGCUGAAUUGAUUACAAAUUUAAAGCAUGAAUCUGUGAGUGAAAGCGACGAAGACUCGGGCGGAGAGAAACGGAAACGUAUCGUUGCUUGGCACGAUUCCGACGAUGAAGAUGAUGGAGACUUUCCUAAAAAGCACAAUAAAAUGGAACUUAAGACCACAGUUAAUCGGAGGCGAAAAAACUUUGAAAAGAUUGUUGGUCAACCCAAAUGGGCCGACUUGAAUCGAAAAAAAGAGAUUGAUUCUGACGACGAGCUGUUGAAAACGGUUGGCCAUAUUGUGAAGGGGACUAGUGUGGACCUGCCGAAGGAAAAUAUAGAACUGAAACGAUUGAAAAAUUUAAAUCGAGAAACGAAAAAUGAAGGGGAAAUAACAGCAAUCAAUUUCCAUCCCAGUUCAAUGGUGGCUGUCAUUACCGGUAUGAACGGGCUAGCAUCCAUCGUUGCCGUUGAUGGAAUAAAGAAUGAAAAGUUGCACACGAUUGGACUGAAAAAGUUCAAAAUUGCUUGUAGCCGAUUGAGUCCUGAUGGGAAUGAGGUUUUGUUUGGAAGCUUUCGCAAGUUUUACCAUUUGUACAAUCUUAUAUCGGGUCGGAGUGAUACACUUCAACUCAAAGGAGAUGGUGUUUGGAACAUGAAAAACUUUGAAAUAUCUAAAUGUGGCAAGUACCUAGCGGUAGCAGGAGGAUUUGGUGAAAUUCAUCUGCUGGAUGCCAGAAGCAAAGAACUGUUGACUACCAUUCAGCAGAAGCACUGCUGUUCUUCGUUAUGCUUUUCGCCGGAUUCAAAGUACCUGUUUUCCAACAGUACGGAUAGUGAAGUUUCUGUAUAUGACCUGCAGAAGCGGAGAUUUGCAAACGUAUUUACAGACGACGGUUGUGUGAAUGGAUCCGUCAUUACAAUUUGCCCAAAUAAUCGAUUUGUCGCAACAGGGAACAAACAAGGAAUUGUUAACAUUUACUCAUUAGACAAAGUGUUGAAAGACAAAUUCCCCCUGCCGGAUAAGACGAUAUCCAAUCUGACUACCUCAAUCGGAUCGAUAGCUUUUAACGUUACAUCCGAACUGGUUGCGAUUGCUUCGCCGGAUAUAUCAAACGCCGUCAAACUGAUACACAUCAAAAGUGGCACAGUCUAUCGAAACUUCCCGAUGGUAAAUGCUACUUUGGGACACGUAACACAGGUGCAGUUCUCCCCCGGUAGCGGUUAUUUGGCCCUGGGAAAUCGAGAGAGUGUCGUUUCAUUGUUUAGAGUUAAGCAUUAUCAGAAUUACUGAUGCUUGUGAAUAAACGUUCGCACAUAAAA